UGUUUUCCACCGCUGCCGACAUCUGGAUCCCUCCGUGGCUGACAGUGUAGCAACUGACAGCCGGAGGCUUCCAGCAUGGUUUUCAGUGGGAACAAAGGGCUCCGAAGACAAGAUGCCCUGGAUGAGUAUUUUGAAUAUGACGCAGAGGAGUUCUUGGUUUCUCUGGCCUUGCUGAUAACAGAAGGACGGACACCCGAGUGCUCCGUCAAAGGUCGUGCUGAGAGCUUCCACUGUCCUCCAGCGCAGUCGCGCUUCCCAGGGACAGCUAGACAUGAGUGCAGUGACAAGCUGGCCCAGUGUCGCCAAGCCAGACGGACCAGAUCUGAGGUCACACUGUUGUGGAAAAACAAUCUUCCAAUCAUGGUGGAAGUGAUGCUCCUGCCAGACUGCUGCUACAGUGAUGAGGGCCCUAGCACAGAGGGGCCGGACCUGAAUGACCCCGCCAUUAAGCAGGAUGCACUGUUACUGGAGAGGUGGAUCUUGGAGCCAGUUCCCCGACAGAACGGUGACCGAUUCAUCGAAGAGAAGGCUCUUCUGCUGGCUGUCCGAUCGUUUGUGUUUUUUUCUCAGUUAAGUGCUUGGCUGAGUGUUUCUCAUGGUGCUAUUCCACGAAAUAUUCUUUACAGAAUCAGUGCUGCUGAUGUCGACUUGCAGUGGAGUUUUUCACAGACUCCAACUGAGCAUGUGUUUCCUGUUCCCAACGUCUCUCACAACGUGGCCUUGAAAGUCAGCGUUCAGUCUCUACCCAGACAAACUCAUUAUCCGGUUUUGACCUGUAGUAUUCAUACUAACAUUCUUUAUGAGAAGAGAAUUCAAGAGCAGGAGCUAAAGGCCUAUCAGCACCGUGGCCCUGGUGAAAUAGAGCACCGCUGUCCCAGCAGCUCACAGGGUCUGUGUAGCAAACACACGUGGACCAUGGCACCCGUGAGUGCCCUGCAUGUAAGAAGUAUCUUGACUCCUGAGUACUCUGCAGCCAUUAGAAAUGUCAGGCUCUGCCCAGGCACGGGCAGCAAGUCUGACCAUGGGGCAUCUCAAGCCAGUGUCCUGGGCUUCAGUGGCACCACAGGAGAAGUAAGGUCACAGGAGGCGUCAGUGAGAACUUUGAAAUCACUCUCUGCGAUCGAUUCCAGUGUCUCCAGCUGUCAGAGCUCCCGGCAGUCAGUGGGGGAGCCUAACCCUUUAAUGGACUCCUUGGUUCAGGAUCGACAAGAAGUCAUUGCCAGGAUUGCUCAGCACUUGAUGCACGGUGACCCCGGCUCCUCUCACGUGUCUGAACACCCCUUCAACACCCAGGGGUCCACUUCACUUAGUGCAAAGCUUCACCGAGUUCCCCAAGAAAGCCAGAGUGUCAGACGAUGCAAAGAGGCAUUCUCCGUCUCUUUUGGGAGCCCAGAGAUUAGCUCCACAGAGGACACCAGUGAGGGGAAAGUGAGAGGGAAGUCGGACACCACUCCAGGAGAGACCUGCACCUCUCACGGCCCGUACUCUCGCCCGUCUGCUGGGGAGGCGAACCCGCUGAUCGGCUCUUUGCUCCAGGAGCGGCAGGACGUCAUAGCCAGGAUUGCACAGCACUUGGAACACAUCGACCCCACAGCUCACAUUCCCCGGCCUGCGUUCAGCAAGCACGACUCCAAUUCCAUUCCUUCUAAAGUGAUCAGGAGUUCAUAUGAUGACAAAGCCUUGUGGAAGAAGAACAGAGAUAGUGCCUCUGUUUCUGCUUCUCGUACAGAAGUGUCCUUACUGGGAGACAGAGGUGAUGGGAAAAGCCCCAAACCUAGUAAAUGCUUCCAAUCUUCCAAAUACAAUCUUCAGGAAAAGUCUCUGAAGCAUGAAGUAAGAACUCAGCAUCAGAAGCAUCCUGAUGACAUCACCCCCAGCGCCAGGCAGGAGCCGCAGAACAAGGCUGCUGGCUUACUAACUUCCUCUAAUAUGACUCUCUGCAAUGAAAGUAACUUGGGUUUGAUUAGCAGAUUGGAAAGUACACCUUGUAAAUCACAACUUAAGGAGCAAGAAAUGAGCCAUGAAAUUGAGAAACAGUGUUCACAUUGCAACAGUAUUGACAAACAGAUUUGCACAAAUAAAUGUACGGAGAAAAUAAAAGACGAGAAUUAUAACCCAGGAUCUCUCAGUCAUCUCCAAUGUGAUGACUCAAAAGGUAUUGACUCAAGAAUAAAAGUUACUAUGUCGGAAAUGUCUGACUGUUUCAAUAAGUACAAAACUAAUUGUUCAAAUAAAGACACAAAAAGAUCACAGACCUGUGAGCAAAGCAGUCAGCUCAGCACAGAGAGUGAGCUCAGCAAAGGUACUGACGGUUUCAGAUGCACAGCCUCAGAGCAGCUGAAAACAACGAAACAGGAGCAAAAAGAAGAUCCUGCUGAUGGAAAACCUCAGAGGAAAAGUGUGAAGCACUGUCUGUCUACAAGCGAAAGACUGAAAAGUGCAGACGUGUUGAGGGAUACGCUGAAACAUCCAAGUGUCUGGAGAAAACAUAACUUUCAUUCCUUGGAUGGGACAUCAACCAGAGCCUUUCACCCUCAGACGGGGUUGCCUCUCCUCUCAAGUCCUGUUCCUCAAAGAAAAACGCAGUCAGGUUGCUUUGAUCUAGACACUUCACUGCUGCAUCUGAGAAGCUUGUCCUCCAGAAGCUCUCGACCAUGUCUGAAUAUUGAAGAGGACCCAGAUGUUCAUGAAAAACCUUUUUUGAGUUCGAGUGCUCCACCGAUCACAAGUCUGAGUCUCCUAGGAAAUUUUGAGGAAUCUGUUCUCAAUUACCGUUUAGACCCCCUCGGCAUAGUUGAUGGCUUUACCGCCGAGGUAGGAGCCAGUGGCACUUUCUGCCCCACGCACUUAACUCUGCCCGUGGAAGUGUCUUUCUACAGUGUUUCGGAUGAUAAUGCUCCCUCGCCUUAUAUGGGUGUGAUUACUUUAGAGUCCCUUGGUAAAAGGGGUUAUCGAGUACCUCCUUCAGGAACGAUACAAGUGACCUUAUUCAAUCCCAAUAAGACUGUGGUGAAGAUGUUUGUUGUGAUGUAUGACCUACGAGGUAUGCCCGCCAAUCACCAGACAUUCCUGCGACAGAGAACAUUUUCUGUUCCUGUUAAACAAGAAAUGAAGAGAAGUAUUAAUAAAGAGAGCGUCCAGCACACAGCACAGUUAUUACGCUACCUCAUACAUCUGAGGUUCCAGAGUUCUAAAUCUGGAAAGAUCUACCUCCAUAGAGAUGUACGGCUCCUCUUCUCUAGAAAGUCCAUGGAGGUUGAUAGCGGUGCUGCGUAUGAACUCAAAUCUUACACUGAAUCGCCAACAAACCCUCAGUUUUCACCAAGAUGUUGAUGGCGGUGAGGGGCAACUUAAAGUAUUCGCUCAGUACCCAGGCUUGAACGUGAGCAUCCCCAGAAUGGAGGCCAUCAAAUCAGAGUCGGCGGGGGAGUGGCACUCCUCUGUUGUCCUGGACCAGACUUUGUUAAAGGAGCCCUGAAGUGAGGCCUGUGACUCCGUGUGGACUGGAAGCAGCCGUGUCUUCACCCUUUCCAUACCGUUGGAACCACGUCAUUGGACAGUUGCAAUAGCAAAAUCCCCGGUUAGAUUAGUGUUUACACAUUUUAUUUCUGUUAUUUAAUAUUUAAUGUUUUCCUUAAUACUCAAGUGAUGUUUGUCUCUAGCGUUCUAAUGUAGCACAAUCCUCUGUAAAAUCAUACUAUGUAUUUUUGACAUUAAUGUUGAAAUCCGAAAUAUAUGCACAAGUCUUUAA